UUAACCACGCUUUACGCACAUGCGUACUCAGGUGCGCCGAUAGGGGACGCGCCCGCACAGCAAAAAUGGCAGCGGCAUUACGGGUGGCGGCGGCUGGGGCAAGGCUCAGCGUUCUGGCAAGCGGUCUCCGCGCCGCGAUCCGCGGCCUUUCCAGCCAGGCCACCUCUGUUAACGAACGCAUCGAGAACAAGCGCCGGACCGCGCUGCUGGGAGGAGGCCAACGCCGUAUUGACGCGCAGCACAAGCGAGGAAAGCUAACAGCCAGGGAGAGGAUCAGUCUCUUGCUGGACCCUGGCAGCUUUGUUGAGAGCGACAUGUUUGUGGAACACAGAUGUGCAGAUUUUGGAAUGGCUGCUGAUAAGAAUAAGUUUCCUGGAGACAGCGUGGUCACUGGACGGGGCCGAAUCAAUGGAAGAUUGGUUUAUGUCUUCAGUCAGGAUUUUACAGUUUUUGGAGGCAGUCUGUCAGGAGCACAUGCCCAGAAGAUCUGCAAAAUCAUGGACCAGGCCAUAACAGUGGGGGCUCCAGUGAUUGGGCUGAAUGACUCUGGGGGAGCACGGAUCCAAGAGGGAGUGGAGUCUUUGGCUGGCUAUGCAGACAUCUUUCUGAGGAAUGUUACGGCAUCCGGAGUCAUCCCUCAGAUUUCUCUGAUCAUGGGCCCAUGUGCUGGUGGGGCUGUCUACUCCCCAGCCCUAACAGACUUCACGUUCAUGGUAAAGGACACCUCCUACCUGUUCAUCACUGGCCCUGAUGUUGUGAAGUCUGUCACCAAUGAGGAUGUUACCCAGGAGGAGCUCGGUGGUGCCAAGACCCACACCACCAUGUCAGGUGUGGCCCACAGAGCUUUUGAAAAUGAUGUUGAUGCCUUGUGUAAUCUCCGGGAUUUCUUCAACUACCUGCCCCUGAGCAAUCAGGACUCAGCUCCUGUCCGUGAGUGCCAUGAUCCCAGUGACCGUCUGGUUCCUGAGCUCGACACAAUUGUCCCUUUGGAAUCAACCAAAGCCUACAACAUGGUGGACAUCAUACACUCUGUUGUUGAUGAGCGUGAAUUUUUUGAGAUCAUGCCCAAUUAUGCCAAAAACAUCAUUGUUGGUUUUGCAAGAAUGAACGGGAGGACUGUUGGAAUUGUUGGCAACCAACCCAAGGUGGCCUCAGGAUGCUUGGAUAUUAAUUCAUCUGUGAAAGGGGCUCGUUUUGUCAGAUUCUGUGAUGCAUUCAAUAUUCCACUCAUCACUUUUGUUGAUGUCCCUGGCUUUCUACCUGGCACAGCACAGGAAUACGGGGGCAUCAUCCGGCAUGGUGCCAAGCUUCUCUACGCAUUUGCUGAGGCAACUGUACCCAAAGUCACGGUCAUCACGAGGAAGGCCUAUGGAGGUGCCUAUGAUGUCAUGAGCUCUAAGCACCUUUGUGGUGAUACCAACUAUGCCUGGCCCACCGCAGAGAUUGCAGUCAUGGGAGCAAAGGGUGCUGUGGAGAUCAUCUUCAAAGGGCAUGAGAAUGUGGAAGCUGCUCAGGCAGAGUACAUCGAGAAGUUUGCCAACCCUUUCCCUGCGGCAGUGAGAGGGUUUGUGGAUGACAUCAUCCAACCUUCUUCCACACGUGCCCGAAUCUGCUGUGACCUGGAUGUGUUGGCCAGCAAGAAGGUACAACGUCCUUGGAGAAAACAUGCAAAUAUUCCAUUGUAAACAAUUCAAAGGAAAAGAAACCAAGAACUGAAUUAUUGUCUGCCCAAUCACAUCCCAUUCCUGCCUUUUGAAAUCAUGAAACAUGGGAAUUCAAAUACUUGGAUAACUUAGAAUAACAAAGUUUAUUAAAUUCUAGAAAGAUCUCU